UUCCUUCGCACAGGACUUCAAAUCCGCCACGACAGGAGUUGCAUCCAAGGCGAUGCGCAAUGAGCUCAACAAGCUCGUCGCCGGCAUCGAAGACCCAGCGGCGCGCAAGGCGUUCGACACUGAAAUGAGCGGUUUCUUCACCCUUUUCAACCGCUACCUCGCCGAGAGGGCAAAGGGCGAGAAGCUCGUCUGGGAUAAGAUCAAGGCACCCUCCGAGUCGCAGAUCACGCCGUACGACAAGCUGCCUGAGCCGACGAACCCGCACGACGCGCUCAACAAGCUCGCUGUGCUCAAGCUCAACGGAGGUCUCGGAACCACCAUGGGCUGCGUCGGCCCGAAGAGCGUCAUUGAAGUCCGCGAUGGGAUGACCUUUUUGGACUUGAGUGUUAGGCAGAUUGAGCACUUGAACUCGCAAUACGACGUCAACGUGCCGUUCAUCCUCAUGAAUUCUUUCAACACUGACGAUGACACUGCGCGCGUCAUCCAAAAGUACGCCAACCACAAUGUGCAGAUCCUCACGUUCAACCAGUCAAGAUACCCACGUGUCAACAAGGAGUCGCUCCUGCCGUGCCCGCGCAGCGCGACCAGCGACAAGAACCUCUGGUACCCUCCCGGCCACGGAGAUCUGUUCGAUGCCAUCAACAACUCGGGCCUGCUCGACCGGCUGAUCGCCGCGGGCAAGGAGUAUCUGUUCGUGUCCAACGUCGACAACCUCGGCGCCGUCGUUGACUUCAACAUCUACCAGCACAUGAUUGACUCGCAGGCCGAGUUCAUCAGCGAGGUCACUGACAAGACCAAGGCGGACGUCAAGGGUGGCACUUUGAUCGACUAUGAAGGCACGAUCCGCCUGCUGGAGAUUGCGCAGGUGCCCUCAGAGCACGUGGAGGACUUCAAGUCGAUCAAGAAGUUCAAGAUCUUCAACACCAACAACCUUUGGCUCAACAUCAAGGCCAUCAAGCGCGUGCUCGAGGACGAGGAGCUGGACCUGGAGAUCAUCGUCAACAACAAGAGCCUCGACUCGGGCGAGGCCGUCAUCCAGCUCGAGACCGCCGUCGGGGCGGCGAUUAAGCACUUCCGCGGCGCCAAGGGCGUCAACGUGCCGCGCUCGCGCUUCCUGCCCGUCAAGAGCUGCUCCGACCUGCUGCUGAUCACGUCGGACCUGUACAGCCUGCAGCACGGGCAACUGAUCAUGAACCCGCAGCGCAUGUUCAACCAGACGCCCGUCGUUAAGCUUGGCGACACGUUCAAGAAGGUCGCUCACUUCCAGAAGCGCUUCAAGACCAUCCCCAACAUCAUCGAGCUUGACCACCUCACUGUCAGCGGCGACGUCGUUUUUGGAAGGAACAUCACGCUCCGCGGCACGUGCAUCAUCGUCGCCACGUCCGGCAAUCACAUCACCCUUCCGGACAACUGCGUCAUCGAGAACAAGCUCAUCAGCGGAUCUUUAUCCGUCAUCGAACACUGAGAUGCUGAUUGUACGUCUGCAGGAGUCCUCGACAAUAAUAAUCACACACGGUCCCUUUGCAUCCAUCCACUCACCCAAAAGCGUUUCUAACGGCUGAACCUCCAGCGACACCGGGCUCCGCUUCCGCGUAUCGCAACAAAGCAUUCUAACAAAGCAUUCCAUCAAGUCUCCCUGAGCACGUACACCGCACGCGUGCGCCCCUCUCGAAAUGAAAUGCAUAAUUUGCUUUCUUUUCUGAUAUUAUGCCUGGACAGGCGUUCUGCUGACAGCUAUUACCUCACGGCGUCCGCGAGCGACUGGCUUUGUAUUAUGAACCAAGAUCGCGCCGCGUUAAAUACGACCAUCUGCUGAC